UUCCUUGGUCUAGUUGAACCAGCUUAGGCCAAGGCCACCGCCACGCCUUCAGUUUCUCCUCCAUUUCUUCUUCUUCUUCUUCUUCCCCCCACCUUCUCCUUCCGAUCCCAUGGACGCCGCCAAGGAGAGCGCCGCCGACCAGAACCCUGCCCCGAGCCCUCCCGCUCCAGCACCUGGCCCCGAUGAACCCUCCGCGGCGCCCACGGGGAGGCGCCCCUUCACCAGCCUCACCCAGGAGGAGGCCGACCUCGCCCUCGCCCGCCUCCUCCAGGAGCAGAUCAGAUCAUGUGUGUGCAGUGUGCUGAUUGCUUGCUGUCGACCGCAGGAGCGGGCGUACAUGAUGCUCACCGGGCAGCACGGCGGCGGCGGCGAGUACGCGGAAUCCGAUGCUGGGAGCUACGAGUUCGAUGAGGAAGGGGAGGGCCUCCAAGCCGAGGAAGGGAGCGAUUAUGAGGAGGAGGACGGGGACGGGGAGGCGCUCGACGAGGACGACGAGGUGGGGGACGCCGACGCCGACUCCGACUCCGGCGCGGCCGAGCUGGACCCCGCGCAGUACGAGGACGACGAGGCCUUCGCGCGGGCGCUGCAGGACGCCGAGGAGCGGGAGGUCGCCGGCCGCCUCAUGGCGCUCGCGGGGCUCAGUGAUUGGCGAGUGAUGAACCAUGAUGAUGAGGAAGAAGAUGAAGAUGACGACGAGGACGACAAUGAGGAUGAAGAAGAUGGGGAUGAUCCACAGGAUGCAUGGGAAGAUGUUGAUCCAGAUGAAUAUUCUUAUGAGGAGCUGGUUGCAUUGGGUGAAGUGGUUGGUACAGAAAGCAGAGGCCUGUCUGCUGACACGCUUGCUUCAUUACCCUCAAUAACUUAUCGAGCACAAGACAAACAAGAUAGCAACAUGGAACAAUGUGUUAUUUGCCGUGUGGAAUUCGAGGAAGGUGAAUCAUUGGUUGCACUUCCUUGCAAGCAUUCGUACCAUUCUGAAUGCAUAAACCAAUGGUUGCAAUUAAAUAAGGUAUGCCCUAUGUGCAGUGCUGAAGUUCCUACUUCACAGGACACCGGGGCAUGACAUCACUACAUAUAUCGUAUCCAUUAUUAUGGGCGUUUAAUUUAAAGAAGUAGCUAGCGGCAGCUUGAUAUUUCCUGUCAUGGGUGAAAGGGAAGCAUCAGGAGCUGGUGGAUUGAUUGUUCAGGUCUCUACUCGUGGGCUUCUUUCGCCAUGCCUCUACAUUAUGUCGUGGCUAAGAAGCUCAUGGUCGCCCAUGUAUGAUCGAUUAAUUAGAUGUGAAAUAGUUAUUACUACUACAUAAUUACAUCAUUCAAAUUCAAAGUUAUUAAUUUAUAG